AUGUCCAAUCUCCAAUUCUCCAUCAUCAUCACUAUAUAUAAAUACGUAGCUCAAUCCAAGCGGUGGAUAAUAGUAUAGAGACCUCUGGCAUCCAUCGGGGAUGAAGAUGAGUUUCAUCAACGCCGUCCUUUUCUUUGCUUCCUUCAUAUCCCUCUCCGCUCUUAUGUCCCCCCCAUCACCUGUGUUGGGUCAAACCACUCCUCCAUCAGCGACGCCGUUACCUGCUCUGUCUUCUCCUCCGCCGCUCAAGCAGGCGUCUCCUCCCGUCAAGACAUACCCCCCGCCGUCCCCUGUUCCUGUUCCCGUGAAGGCGCCGUCUACCCCCCCUCCGCCCCUGUCUCCCGUCAGGACGCCACCCCCCUCUCUGCCCACACCCCUUCCGUCCCCGGUCAAGAAAUACCCUCCGCCACCGUCAACCCCGGUCCCUGCAGCGAGUCCGCCUCCACCGUCUCCUUCUUCUCCUCCUCCUACAAUUGCUCCGUCACCUCAUUUCCCACCACCUAGAAACACGCAAGGUACCUAAAAAUGACAUUUUUUAUUAUUAUUAAUCUUUGAACACAAAUUAAAUAAUCCUUCCGUCCAACAAUAAAGUUCUUAUUCACUAUUUACAUGGUCAAACUUUAUUCACUUUGUUGGCCUAUUUUCGUCACCUAUUUGAUAAAAUAAUAGUCAUGUCACCUCUAGUUUUAUAGAUCUUCUGAUAUAGUUUUUUAUAUGUAUUUUUCAAUUUUACACCAUUUUUUCAUACAAAAUGAUUUGAAAAUAACUUCAGUUAAACAUCGUAACGUAAAGUUUAUUUGUGGACGGAAGUAAUAAUAUAAUUCUUAUUUUUUUGGGGGGGGGGGGGGUUUUGCAGAACGUGUGCCUGAGGGCGUGCACGACGUGCUGUCUGCGGUGUAAGUGCGUGCCGCCGGGACAGUACGGCAACAAGGAGAUGUGCGGCAGCUGCUACGCCAACAUGACCACCCGCGGCGGCAGGCCCAAGUGCCCCUAAAAAUUAAAUUUAUUUAGUUACAGUACUUCGCUGUCAGUCCACCUUUAAUUUGUUUCUCCAUGGUUCACGUUUUUUACCCCCAUGCACCCACCUUUUGUUUCACCUGUCUGUAACUCCUAUGGGACGGAUUUGAUUCAUUAAUGAUCAAGCUGGAUCUACACCUACCUCAUCUUUUCAUACCUAAUGUAUUUUUUUUUAGUUUCAUUUAAUUCAUUACUCUCUUCGUCCUAUAAUGAUCUUUCCGGUUCGCAAAACGAAGAAAAAUCUCAAGAUUUU